CGCGGAUCUCAGAAGUCGCGGAUCGCCGAGGGGUGCGAUGGCACCGCGCACGCUGCUCCUGCUGCUGGCGGCCGCCCUGGCCCCGACUCAGACGCGCGCGAGCCCACACUCGCUGCGAUAUUUCUACACCGCCGUGUCCCGGCCUGGCCUCAGGGAGCCCCGGUUCAUUAUCGUCGGCUACGUGGACGACACGCAGUUCGUGCGCUUCGACAGCGACGCUGAGAAUCCGAGAUAUGAGCCGCGGGCGCGGUGGAUGGAGCAGGAGGGGCCGGAGUAUUGGGAGGAGGAGACACAGAUCGCCAAGGGCAAUGAGCAGAGAUUCCGAGUGAACCUGAGGACCGCGCUGCGCUACUACAACCAGAGCGCGGGCGACUCUCACACGAUCCAGCGGAUGUCCGGCUGUGAGGUGGGGUCGGACGGGCGCCUCCUCCGCGGGUAUGAGCAGUUCGCAUACGACGGCCGCGAUUACAUUGCCCUGAACGAAGACCUGAAAACGUGGACGGCGGCGGACAUGGCGGCGCAGAUCACCCGACGCAAGUGGGAGCAGGCUGGUGAUGCAGAGAGAUACAGGGCCUACCUGGAGGGCGAGUGCGUGGAGUGGCUCCGCAGAUACCUGGAGCUCGGGAAUGCGACGCUGCUGCGCACAGGUCCCCUCACCCUGAGAUGGGAGCCUCCUCCAUCCACUGACUCCAAUAUGGUGACCAUUGCUGUUCUGAUUGUCCUUGGAGCUGUGAUAGUCAUUGGAGCUAUGGUGGCUUUUUUGAUGAAGAGGAGGAGAGACACAGGUGGAAAAGGAGGGGACUAUGCUCCAGCUCCAGGCAGAGAAGGCUCCCAGACCUCUGAUAUGUCUCUCCCAGUUUGUAAAGCAUGAAGACAGCUGCCUGGAGUGGACUGAGUGACAGAUGGUGUGUUCAGGUCUCCUGUGACAUCCAGAGCCCUCAGUUUUCUUUACACAACGUUGUCAUAUGUUCCCUGUGAGCUUUUGGGUUCAGUGUGAAGAAUUGUGGAGCCCAGCCUUCCCUGCACACCAGGACCCUAUCCCUGCACUGCCCCAUGUUCCCUUCCACAGCCAACCUUGCUGGUUCAGCCAAACACUGGGGGACAUCUGCAGCCUGCCAGCUCCAUGCUACCCUGACCUGCAGCUCCUCACUUCCACACUGAGAAUAAUAAUUUGAAUGUGACCUUGAUUGUUAUCAUCUUGAGAUAGGGCUGAUUUCUUGUUAAUUUCAUGGAUUGAGAAUACUUAGAGGUUUUGUUUGUUUGAUUGAUUAAUUUGUUUUUUUGAAGAAAGAAAUGGCAGAUGAAUAAACUUCCAGAAUCUGGGUCACUAUGCUGUGUAGAUAGCCGGUGCCUAAAAGAUGGCGCUGGCCUCUGGUACACCGUCGCCAUAAACAACACUUUAAAAAAUUAAGAGUUCGCCCUAGGUCAUCUGGCAGUUGUAGUCACACAGAUCCAUGGUAUCCAGUGACAGGCAAAUUUCCUUAUGCACAGACCAACCUAAGACAUGGGGCCUGGAGGCAAUAGGGUAACCCUAGGACGAGUAAGGCUGUGACAUGAAAGGAUCGACCUAAGACAGAAGCCGUGGCUGAUGGACAGACUUGCCCAGACCUAGUCCANCAUCAUAUUAUUAAACAAAAAAGGGGGAGAUGUUGGCAGCUGGGUGCCGUCCUCUGGUAAACAACGCUACUGCGCAGGCACUAGCCCGAAUCUGGCGCCAACCCCUCCCGAGCGGGUACACACAAAUCAAAGUGCCGGCAGACUGACCAAUCCCAGGAGUACACAUAGCUCUCCCCAGUGCUGGGGUNUAUAUAAGGAGUCCUCCCUGGGUUUCUGGAGGUUCCCAUAGCAUUGAGGUGUUCCUGAAAUAAAAAAGGCUGUUGAGAAGAA